AUGUCGGAGUCCGAGCUCGGCAGGAAGUGGGACCGGUGCUUGGCGGAUACGGUCGUCAAGAUAGGUACUGGUUUUGGAUUAGGACUUGUUUUCUCACUUACCUUCUUUAAAAGAAGAAUGUGGCCAUUAGCCUUUGGUUCUGGCAUGGGAUUGGGAAUGGCCCUCUCCAACUGUCAGCAUGAUUUCCAGGCUCCAUAUCUUCUACAUGGAAAAUAUGUUAAAGAGCAGAAGCAGUGA